CAGCUGUUCUCUUUCACACUGUUAUUCGCAAAAAAUCUGAAGAUUAGCCAAAUUAUAUUUGCUUUAAUUUAUUUUUUAUUUUGUUUAUUACCAGUCACAUCUAUAUUUUAAAUAUAAAAAAGUGUAAGAAACGUGCAGUCAUUUUUGGUAUUUUUAAAACUAAAAAAAGAAAAAAAUGUUGCCAAACCGCCAACAACCCAUAGCUCAGGAAAAUCCAUUAUGGGUAUCUUGGCAUGAUACUCAGAUGAUGGCUUCUUUAAAUCCACAAAAUGUUAUGGAUUACUUUUGUCGGAAAUCAAAUCCCUUCUAUGACAGAAUGUGUAAUAAUGAGACUAUUCGUAUGCAACGUUUGGGUCUUGAAAAUUUACAUAAUAUGGUUGGCUUAGAAUAUAUAUUGCUGCAUGUACACGAGCCAAUAUUGUACGUCAUACGUAAGCAACAUCGACAUAAUCCCCAAGAAGCUACGCCCAUAGCAGAUUAUUAUAUUAUAGGCGGUACAAUUUAUAAGGCUCCUGAUUUGGGAAAUGUUAUUAGUUCAAGAAUUCUAUCAACUGUUACAAAUUUACAAUCUGCUUUUGAAGAGGCCAGCAGUUAUUCUCGAUACCAUCCUAAUAAAGGUUAUACAUGGGACUUUAGCUCUAAUAAACAGUUGACUGAUAAAUCAAGAGCAGCUGCAAAAAAAGAUGCAGCAACCGCUAAGGACGAUAGUGGUACAGUAUUUCAAAUGCAAAGAGUUGAUAUGUUACUUGCAGAACUGUUACGUAAAUUUCCACCACCUAUUCCUCCAAUAAUUCAUCAACAGGUUGGUCAACCAAUACAAAAUCCACAAGAAGCAAAUGCGAAUAGUUCUCAAGAUAAUAAUACGAACAAUACAGGGAAUAAUGGUAAUCCUUCUGAAACGAGCCUAACAGGUGGUGGCGGCGUAUCCCAACAGGGUAUAGAUAUUAAACAAGAAAAUGUUGACAUGAAACCACCGCCAGAAAAAAAAUCCAAGGCAAAUUAGCUUUUAAAAAUAUUUCAAUGUCUUAAGUUUUAUUUAUAUUUAAGCGCAUAAAUGUUUGAUAUAAAAGAAAAUUAAAUAGAGAUGCUUAAAAAGAUAGUUUUCCUUUUACCCAUUUACUGCUUGCAGUAAAA